CAAGUCACAACUCGUUUUUUUACUCGAAAUUAUUUUAUACACAAUUUUGUACAAAAAAUUACAAAAAAAUAUGCAACGAAUAAAGCCUUAUUCUCAUCGGGACGAUAACAAGGAGCGGAGUCCGCUCUGCUCCCCGUGCAACUUGACCUUCUUCCUCUUCAUGUUUCUAACCGGCCUGUUCUUCUUCUCUUGUGGGGUACAACCCUUAUCAAAAAAUCAAGAAUCCGUCAAAGAAAACGAAAUCGUCCCUCCACCAAGAGUGGUCGUCGUACCGGCCGAGACACCUCACGGGCAGGAGACAAUUUAUGGUAACUCAAAUCCUCAAGGAUUCAAGAAUGACAUCUCAAAACAGAAGGCAAACAUAAAAAUAGUGAAAACAGAUAGCCCCACAGAAUACGUAGAACGGAUUUACGACGAAGCGGUAGAAAAAGAUAGCAAAAAGGACUCCAUAAUUUCCAGUACAGAUAAUGGUGUGAAGCAGUAAAAAUUUCUAAUCAUCUCCAAGACCGAAAACUCUGCGUACAUAAAUACAUUUCAUCACAAACUGAUCCAUUAAAGCAACAGAUAAAACAUGA